CCUUUGUUAGCUAGUCUCAUUCUCCUCUUUGCUUCUAUGGGAUAUCAAAUCUAGGAAAUCAGUCUCUCUCUCUCUCUCUCUCUCUGUGAAAAACCAGUGGGUUCAUCUUCCAUUUGUGCCUUGACCAUUUCUUGGGAUUUUAUCUGCUGCGUUUGACCCAUCAAUAAGGGUCCAUGAUUCUUAAACUGCACUGUCGGCCAUGGCUUCUUGAGAUCCCCUUCUUCUUCCCCUUCUUCAAAGCCUAUAAAGUUCAAUCUUUUCUAUUUGCUGAGGAAAUUGGAUGGUUGCUCUUCUGACUGCUCUGCAUUUGUAAGAUAACGCCUCAUAAAGCCACCCACAAAAUGAAGAUUUGGGAUUCGAUCGUGGUGUUAUCGAUUUCCUUCUGCUUAUUUGCAUCUGGGUCAUUCUCAAUUGAUGAUUUCCGUAGACCGUUUCCUAUUGUAGAACCUGAUCCUGGUCAUACCAAACUUCGCAUUUCAAGGGAAGGAUUGGAGGCAAUUGAGAGAAUACAAAACCCUAUUGCUGCUGUUGCUGUGAUUGGUCCAUAUCGCUCUGGCAAAUCAUUUCUGCUUAAUCAACUUCUCUCCCUUUCUUGUUAUGAAGGGUUUGGUGUCGGCCACAUGCGUGACACAAAAACAAAAGGAAUAUGGGUAUGGGGCACCCCAGUAGAAUUGGAUAUUGAUGGAGUGAAAACUUCUGUAAUCUACCUUGAUACUGAGGGCUUCGAAAGUAUUGGGAAGUCAAACGUAUACGAUGACCGGAUUUUUGCUCUGGCAACGGUAUUGAGUUCUGUGCUUGUCUAUAACCUGCCUGAGACGAUCCGAGAAGCUGAUAUAUCUAGAUUGUCAUUUGCUGUUGAGCUUGCUGAAGAAUUCUACGGAAGGUUUGUAAUUCUGGGAUUCUAGCUGGACACUUUACAUUGUUGUGUUUCAUUAUUGGCACGAUACGCUAUAGUAUUGUUAUUCAUUAUUUUCUCAUCUUUUCUCUGAUUUGAUAAUUUGCAGGGGCAAGAUAUUGCCUUUGAACCUGCUAAGCUGGUGUGGCUUAUCCAGCGAGAUUUUCUGCAAGGGAAAUCCGUGAAAGAAAUGGUAGAUGAAGCUCUUAGACGCAUCCCUAAUAGCGAUGGGGACAAAAAUAUUGAUCAGGUUAACCAGAUCAGAGAUUCUUUGGCUAUCAUGGGUGAUAACAGUACCGCUUUUAGCUUACCACAGCCUCAUCUCCAACGCACAAAGCUUUGUGACUUGAAGGAUGGUGAGCUUGACCCAGUAUAUGUCAAGAAGAGAGAGCAAUUGAAAGAACUUGUCGCUUCUGUUGUCCGUCCAAAGAUUGUGCAGGGUAAAACUUUGAAUGGGAAGGAGUUCGUUUCUUUUCUGGAGCAGAUUCUUGAAGCCUUGAAUAAAGGAGAGAUUCCCUCCACCGGCUCUCUUGUGGAAGUUUUCAACAAGGGUAUUCUGGAGCGUUGUUUGAAGCUAUACAGUGAUCGGAUUGCUACAAUGAGUUUACCCGUCUCAGAGCUGACUUUGCAAAAUUCCCACGAAGGAUUUAGGGAAGCAGCAAUGAAACUUUUUGAUGAACAACAUUUUGGUCGGCACCAUGCAAAGAGUUCGGUGGAAAAACUGGAUGAAGAAAUUGAGAAGGUGUAUAAAAAUUUUGUUAUGGCAAAUGAAUACCAAUCUUCAAAGUUGUGUGAGGCACUAUAUACCAAAUGCGAGGACAAAAUGGAUCAGCUUCAAGUGCUCAAACUUCCUUCCAUGGCAAAAUUUAAUGCAGGUUUCCUCCUAUGCAACCAAAGUUUUGAGCAGGAGUGUGUUGGACCUUCUAAAUCAAGUUAUGAGCAUCGGAUGAUGAAGAUGUUGGGGAAGUCAAAAUCUCUGUUUAUUAAGGAAUACAACCACAGGCUCUUUAAUUGGUUGGUGGCAUUCUCCCUUGUAAUGGUGGUUGUGGGUCGGUUCCUCAUUAAGUUUAUUUUGAUUGAGAUUGGGGCAUGGGUACUUUUCAUCUUCUUAGAGACAUACACAAGGAUGUUUUGGUCGGCAGAGUCUCUCUAUUACAACCCAGUUUGGCAUUUCAUUGUGGCAACUUGGGAAACACUUGUUUACAGCCCUAUCCUUGAUUUAGACAGGUGGGCUAUUCCCAUUUGUGUUAUCAUGGCUAUGCUGGUGCUCUAUUGGCGGUGUUAUGGGAGGAGGAAACAUGGAUCCCGUUAUGUUUUACCAUUGUACAACACUAACAAAGAUCGGCACAGAUCAGAGUAGAGGAAUGGUUACUCUGCUUUAAGCAUCCGUUUCUUGUGAUGUUCAUUGGUUGACAUCCCCCGGCGAGCUUUUCCAUUUUAUACGCAAAGGCAUGCCAGAGAAAUUGGAUUUUUGGAAGAAGCACAAGGAUAAGAUGAGGAUGGGAAAGAUCUGCUGCUGUUUGUAACGUAGUAGCAAUACCAUGUUUUGUGUCGUCUUUAUAAUCAUCACCAUCCACAAAUUUUUUUUUUUUGUUGUAUUUAUGUACUCGAAAGUUAUUUAGUUGAAUCAUUAUGUCAACAGGCAUUUUGGGGGGGGGGGGGGUCUUGAUUUAGCAGCUCAACAUCGGGUUUUUGAUAGGUUCGUUAUAGCAUUGUUGUUUUGAUCGUGAACCAAAUCCAAAGCAAAUAGGGUUAGAUGUAACUAUUCAGUUCCCGUAAAUGGAUGAAUGAAAAUUUUCUUUAGGACUGUCA